CUCCUGCCGGCAUGCUCUUCGAUUCGCGCAGUGCGUCAUCAGCCGUCCCUUCUUAUUGGGCCGCAUGACUUUUCCUCCUCUCGGUUGGUUGGCCGAAGCAGCGAAAGGACACGCGCUCUCCCGCCUUUCUACUACGACGUCCAAUAAGGGCUCGCGUAGAGAAACACGUUAGAGAAGCUCUGGCUGCUGGACUCCACCCUCCUGGGGCUCCGUUUCUCCCCCCCUCGCCCCCGCCCUUGCCUGUGUCAAGUGGCGGCCACCAACGUGGAGAGCGGAAGCCGCUGCCGCGUGAGGAGGAACAUUAGCCUGCGAGCGCUGGUCAGCGCGUGGACGGCGGCCGUUGAAGACCGAACCAACUGCCUCCCGUGAGAGAAACAGGGGAGUGGCUGCGAAGCAGGAACACAGCAGGCGCACGUGAGGCUGCAGGGUGGUGCCUACUUCGCACUUCUGAGGCGAGGCGACGCGGGGGGGGGGUGUCACACGCCGCCUUUCUUUCCUGGCUCCCCUCACGCCCAACGGUCCCUGGAGGAUUUUGAAGCCCCUCGCCGCCGCCCCCUGGCAAGAGAAAGCGUGAGGCGGUGAAGAAGACACGUCCGGUCAGUUAGCCAUAACCGGUUUGAACCGGAGCGUAAGGAGGAGCUGCUGCUGUUGGGGCUGCCGCCAUGGCUGAAACGGAGGAGAGGAGCUUAGACGACUUCUUCGCGAAGCGGGACAAAAAGAAGCGGAAAGAGAAAAGCAGCCGCGCAGGGGCCACUUCGGCGUCUGCGUCGGCCGCCUCUUACAACGCCUCGGCGGCCAGCGGGGCUGGGGGAAGCCGGCAGGCGGAAGGGGGCUCGGGGGCGGCCUCCAAUACCAGUGCCACCGCCUCUGCCGCCUCCUCCGCUAAGGCGGCGCACAAGGAGGAAGAUGACUGGAAGGAAUUUGAGCAGGAAGAAAUAAUUGACUACAGUGGUCUCAGAGUUCAGUCCAUGCAAAUUAGUGAAAAAGAUGACGAAGAAAGUGAAAAGAGAGAAGAAUCAGGAGAUAACAGUGAAGAACCAGGCGGGGGUUUGGAUAAGUCUUCUGGUCCUUGGAAUAGGUCUGCUCCUACACAAGCACCUGUUGCUGAAACUAUUGAAACCCCAGAGCCAGUGCAGUCUGGCAUGGUAUAUAGGCCACCUGGUGCAAGAGAAGGCAGAACACGAAAAGUGCCACAAGGACCUCCUGAGAUCUAUAGCGAUACACAGUUUCCAUCAUUGCAGUCUACUGCUAAACAUGUAGAUUCUAGACGGGAUAAAGAAAUGGAGAAGAGCUUUGAAGUAGUAAAACACAAAAAUAGAGGUAGGGAUGAGGUUUCAAAAACCCAGGCAACUAAACUUCAGCUAGACAACCAGUAUGCUGUGCUUGGGGAUCAGUAAAGCUACACAUACAUUGCAGUUAAGGAAUGGUUAUUUGAUACCCUUCCAGUCUUAAGGUAACUUAUCUACACCUAUUAUGAACAUGCCGUCUUGCUGGAUCUACUGCAACAAGUGCAGACUACUUUGACGUAAGUGAUUGGUCCUUCUGCACUAUGGAAGUAUGCUUAAUUUGGUACAGCUGACCUUUUCCUUUGGAUAAGAGGGAAUUUAAUGUAAAUGGUCACACAAGAAUCCCACUGUUUUGAUUACUUUGCUGCCAGUGGUUAUUUCAAAUUUUUUUAUGUUCAGAUACUGAGCCUUCGUAAGGGUUGACUACCUCAGAUUUGCUGCACUCAUUGUGGACACCAUAUGGAUCACAACUUCUGGAAAAGGUUACAACUCUUAGUGGCCAUCUGAAACUCGAAACCAGCUCUACUGGAUUCCUAUCAGAAAUCCUGCAGAAGUCGGCCAUCUGGGUUCUGAUUUAGUAUAAACAACAAAUUUAAGUGACCUUAAAUGAGCGACUUGUCCUGUGCCCCCAUUUAUUGCAUCCUUUUAUGUGUAGCCGUAAUUUACUAGGAACCUCUAGUGUGUAACAUUUUCCAAAAUAUGCAGCAUAGUGUUGCUGUAGUUUACUUGUUCGGAUUUAGGUUACCAGAAAAUAAAUAACACAUGCAGCUAGAGAGACCUUAGGGAUGCUAAUCUGUGUAUAUUAAAUGGUUUCAUCCAUGUUCAUUCUUCAUUUUAAAAAUGCCUCUCCUGGCGUGAGAAAUUUGCAGGUAGCAGUAUGGAAUAUGCAGGCUGUCCAUACUUUUUGUUCUUCUUUACUGGCUGUCAAGUGACUGUGAUCUCUGUAGGUCUGCAUUCAGUGGCCAACAAAUGUCUGUGCUCCACGGAGUAUUUGAAGAUUAAUCUUGAAAAACAUGUGCCGAAUACUUAGCCUUAACAAUACUUUAUGGCGAGUAUCAGCUGUUGGUAGCACACACAAUUCUGUUUGCAGGAUGAAAGCAAUUAUAUGCCUAGUAAAAAAAGUCUGUGGUUUCUGAUUGGUUCAAAUUCAGAAAUAGUCUUGGAAUAAAGUGUUGUGCUUAUGGCCUUUUUUUCUGUUGCCCAAAGAUUUAGUGACAACUUCAGUUUAGUCAGCCUUCUGACUAACCAUGUGUCCAUUUAUUUGGAGAGAUAAUAGUCUAAUAGUACCUGUAUACUAAGAUUUGUUCUAUAUUGUACUGUAUGAUGCUAACAAUGAAUACCAUUAAAACCAACUGUCAAAGACGUUCCUUUGAUACAGAAGAUAAUCAGUUUUUCCUUUCAUCUAAAACUUGGCAUGGCCAGUGCUGUUAUGUCUUUAGAGUCAAGCUAUUUUCUGGAAUCUUGAACAGGAAUUUAGACCUUAUGAAAGUGCUCCAUUUUGUGAGAAUUGUACUUGUUCUAUAAAAAUAUUAGUUUUGUAGCUUAUUACUGGCUGUGAUGUAAAAAUCAUUGAUUUACUGAAGAAAAAAAUGGCAUUUCUUCAGCUCAGAUGGCAUUGGCAUUAUACCUACAUCGUUUCCUGAUAGGAUUUGGAAAAACACCAAUUAAAUAUUUCCCUUCGUAUAUAAAGACAGGCCACUGGAUACCUUGAUCCCUGGAGGUAAAUCUGUGGCUAACAGCAUUGAGUUGUGUGUCCCUCCGGAAAAUGUCUUUUUGACAAUAAAACAUUUACAGGGUAUUAAAGCUAAGGAACCAGAAGAUAAUGUGAAACUGUAUGUCACUUGGUGACAUACCAGAAACAGGCAACUUUAAAUCCCAGCGUUGGCAUUUUGUUAAAACUGAUGUAUGUAAAAAAAUCAAGUUAAUAUACAAUAGCAAAAUUAAGUUCUCCUUUGUACCUUGUUCUGAAUUCUUUGGCAUAGUUGGCAGGACAAGGUAGCACUAUAACAAUGUAAUAAAUGGAAAUGUGCAUGGUUCCUGGAGUCUAUUAAAAAUACACGUGUCACACCAUUUAAAUAAAACAUGGCAAAACUGAUGUCAUCAAAAUGAUGAACUGUGAAGCUUCAGUCUUAUGAAAUUACAAGAGGGGUAAGUUCUAUUGGGCUACUGAGUUCGUACCUCUGACUUUACCAUCAUUAGCAAAGAUUCCCGACUAAGAUUAAGCAGCAAGUGAAUUUUGUGUGGAAGCACAGUCUGUUAACUUACACUAAAGCAGAUCAGCACUUGCCAACCCUGGUUGAUACUCUUCAGCAGCUCUGCAUUCUGAAGCUUCACAGAGAAGUGUCCACAUGGAAGAACACCCUUUUGUGUAAACAUUAAGCCACUUAAUCAUCUGCUUAAGUCAUGAAAUUAUUUUUUUAAAAUAUAGGAUACUCUAAGAAGCACAGUGAAUAGUUGGUUUCACACUGAACUCCCUCUGUACUCUUAUUACUCUGAUCGGAUUAUAUGCAUGUAGGUGAUCUUGUGACAUUUAACAUUGUCAGAGAUUUCUGCAUUUCAAUAUAUGCCUCACUACUUUGCCAGUGUAAUAAGAUACAUCAUGUCACGAAGUUGGCCUACAGCUUGUGAUUCAUGAGUGAUAUAGUAACACCUCCCAUAACAAACUAGCUUAAUUCUGGACACUGAUUAAUACUGCAGGUGAACUUGAUUUAUAUUCUCAUCAUUUCUGAAAUGCACCUGGCAGUAACAUGCUGUAUCUGUCGCUGGCCAUAAAAAUCUCAAUCUCCAUCAUUGAAUUACUGACAGAUUUUUUCAAAAGCUCAUGCUGUAUUGUGCUGCUCAAAGUAGUUACUAAUACUUGCAACCAAGACUUCAAUAUGCACUUGAAAGCCAACUUUAGACAAAGGAAUGUGGGGAAUCAGAAAAGCCAGGCAAAUAUAAAAUGGGCUUUUAUUUAUAGAAAGCGUAAGGAAUAUAUGGUGACAGUAGAGCUUGUUUGUGUAACAGCUGUUUUGUUUGAAGCAUGCCUGGGUCAUUUUUAAUACACCUGUGAUAUUUUCUAAGUGGCAGUAAAGACAUCAUAUGGGAUGGAUGUUCAUUCUGUGGAAGUAGUAGGCAUGCCUGAGAACCUUUAUGUCAUAUUCUGAGGCUUCUGUACAAAUGCUGUAGUGAUGACUGCAACAUAAGCCCUGCAUCGGUGUGGCUAGUAGCAGCAGUGCCUGUACAAAGUAGGGGAUCAUGAUCACUUCAUGCCAAACUGCUGGUGGGCUCACUCAGUGAUGCAUAAAGCCCAGCCUGCACACAAGGCCCACUUAACACAUAUGCAGUUAGGUCCUGGUGUUGGAACCUGCAUGUGUCAGCUGCUGUUCAGACUUGAUGUUCAGUUUGUUGUCUGUGUGUGGCUUUUGUCAUCCCAAGUUUGCCAUUUCCAUUCAGGAUUUUCAGUUAUAGUUGUAACUGAAUAGCCUGCUUUCUGCGUACUGUUUCUAUUUGACUUCUGUGGGAUCUUUAUUUGGAAAUGUUUAGUACCUAGGCCAUAGACUGAUGUUAUGAUCGCUGAUACCCAUAUUAUAGCUGAAAGUGAACUGCAGACAUUGUGGAGGUUUCUUUAAUAACCUGUGCCUAAGCCUAGCUGACUGCAGAGACAGUUGACCUGACUGCUUUCAAAACCCUUUUUAAAGCAGUGGUAGGGCAAAUUCUAUCUGAUAUAUUACGCUUAUACUUUGUAUACAGUUUACUUGCUGAAAAUAGCACAAUGAAAUUGAUUUUAACAACUAAAAAAUUCCAUGAGGUAUAAAUAAAAGAUAAGAUCCUAGAAAGCAGUAUGUUCAUAGAUACAUCAAAACAAGGAAGUCUGCCCACAGUCAUUCUUCUCCCUCACAUAAUGUCAUUUGAAAGCCUUGGUGCUGCUAUAAUACUGCAUUGGAUAUAAUGUAGGUAUCCAAGAUGAGACAGAUGAAGUGCAGAAGAUUCAGUGUAAGGUAGAAGAGGCUGCUUUGAGGAAGCAAACAACUACUUUGGCCUAGCUGUCUGUAUUUAAGAAAUGUAACUGAAGUAUGAUGCAAUUCUACACUUUGUACCAUUUCCUAUUUUAGGAGUGUGUGUGGAUCAUAUAAUGAACACUACUUCAGGCAUCUUAAAUGCAGAAAGUUGACAGAAGAGGGAGAAGGCUACACUAUGCUUGUCCCCGAUUCACUUGUUAAAUGAAGGCAGCUUCUAUAGAAAAGUGGAUUAAGACUACAUCCCACUUGCAAUCUGAAAUGGGACAGUUGAGAAUUGUUAUGACUUUUUUAACAACAUUAUUUCAGAUGUUCUGAAUGGUUGGACAGAAAUAAUGUAAUGACAAGAAUAAAUCUUUCAGGAUCAGGGAUUAUUGCAAAGCAAAUGUAAGCCUGCAUAGUGUUUCCUUGCAAGUGGUUAAAUACAUGAGAAUGUUUCUGAAAUGCAAAAUCAAUUAUCUAAUUAAACAAAGUAUCAUUUCAACAAAUUAACCUAGUCAGCUGUGCCAUCAGAAAUGAAAUGCGGAGAACUUUUACAGAACGGUCACUUAUUACAAUUUUUAAAAUGUAAAGGGGCAAAUCUAUGAACAUAGAUGAAGAAAUCUGAAAUGUUCAAAACAUGGCAUAGGAAUGAUGGAAGGCUUGUUGUGCCUCAGCUUUCUAGGCAGUAAAGAGAAUUCAUCCCUACCUCACAGGGGUGUUGUGAGGCCAACUUCAUCGUUUGUAAAAUGUGUUUGAAUUUUUCUGAUGGACGGUGCUAUAGAAGUGCAAGACAUAACUAAUCAGCAAACAUCUGGGUGACUGACUCAAUAAGAAAAUACCCAACUUUGUUUUCAUUACAGUAUUUUGCUAUUAUUAUAGAACGCUUCCCUACAAAACAUUAUUUAAAUAUAUGGAUCAUGUAACUUUGGACUUUGCAAGAAGGCAUGGUUGAGUUUUCAAUCUCUAUGCACCCUUUCUGGUUUUAUGUGAUUAACUGUGCAGAUCUAAUUGUAUUAACAAGGUUUUUGGAUUUUGCAUGGAAAUUAAGAGCAACUAUCAUUUUUUUGUAAACUCCUUGAAAGAAAUAAAGUUAUGUUCACACUGUU